GAUUGCGAAGUCAGCGCUCUCAGGAGGCCUACAAUUUAUUUGAAGAAAGAAGUGGAAGAAAAAAAUACAACCAUGACGAGUUUGGGAAAGAUUUCACUGUGAAAGCUUCCCUAAAAAUGCAUCAGGUCAUCCACACCGGAGAGAGACCAUUCAGCUGUGGAGACUGUGGAAAGUUUUUUACCAGGUCUGAAAACUUAAAAACACACAAACUCAUCCACACUGGAGAGAGACCCUUCAGCUGUGACGAGUGUGGAAAGUCUUUUACGCAGUCUGGAAGUCUAAAAACACACAAACUCAUCCACAGUGGAGAGAGACCGUUCAGCUGUGGAGACUGUGGAAAGUCUUUUACCACGUCUGGAAGCUUAAAAAAUCACAAACUCAUCCACAGUGGAAAGAGACCGUUCAGCUGUGACGAGUGUGGAAAGUCUUUUACCAAGUCUGAAAACUUAAAAACACACAAACUCGUCCACAGUGGAGAGAGACCGUUCAGCUGUGACGAGUGUGGAAAGUCUUUUAUCCACUCCGGAAACUUAAAAAGACACCAACUCAUCCACACUGGAGAGAGACCGUUCAGCUGUGACGAGUGUGGAAAGUCUUUUAUCCACUCCGGAAACUUAAUAAGUCACCAACUCAUCCACACUGGAGAGAGACCGUUCAGCUGUGGAGACUGUGGAAAGUCUUUUACCCACUCCGGAAACUUAAAAACACACCAACUCAUCCACACUGGAGAGAGAUCAUUCAGCUGUGACGAGUGUGGAAAGUCUUUUACCCACUCUGGAAGCUUAAAAACACACCAACUCAUCCACACUGGAGAGAGACCGUUCAGCUGUGGAGACUGUGGAAAGUCUUUUACCGAGUCUGGAAGCUUAAAAAGACACCAACUAAUCCACACUGGAGAGAGACCGUUCAGCUGUGGAGACUGUGGAAAGUCUUUUACCGAGUCUGGAACCUUAAAAACACACCAACUAAUCCACACUGGAAAGAGACCAUUCAGCUGUGACGAGUGUGGAAAGGCUUUUACUGAGUCUGGAAACUUAAAAAGACACCAACUCAUCCAUAGUGGAGAACGACCUUAUAAAUGUGACCUGUGUGAGAAGACUUUUAAAUCUCCACGUUACCUGAAAGCACACCAACAGAUCCACACCAGAAAGACUCUACAAGUGCAGUUACUGUGAGGUAUGUAUUUAUAUUUUUAUCUUG